GUCUUGUGCUGGAGAUUUUGGAGCGGCACCCCAAGCUGCCGCUGCUGGUGGUCAGCGACAGCGACACGGUCUGGCUGCGGCAGCCGUGGACAUAUUUCAACCAGCGGCCGGCCGCAGACUUCUUCGUCUCGUCCGACUGCCUCAGCCACCGGAUGGAGGAUGAGUGGCAGCCAGGGCACGACAAGGUGCUGUGCGGACAUGUGCCGGGGAAUGCAGGCGUUGCCUUCAACACCGGCCUGUUUGCGGCCCGCAACCGCCCCGCCACCCGCGCCUUCCUGCGCGCCUGGUUUGAGACGCUGACGGACUCAGGGAAGGAGCAUCACUCAGACUCAGAGCACCGCGGCAUCGACGACCAGCUAGCUCUCAACCUAAUGUUUGACCCGGGACUGGUGUCUGCCAUCGGCCCUGAUGAGCCCCGCACGAUCCUGGUUUACAACGGCUCACUGCGGGUGCAGACGCUGCCGGUGGUGCUGUUCUCGGGUGGCCACGUCGCCUUUGUGCAGCGCACACCCUGGAAGCUGGGCGUUGAGCCCAUCGCCAUCCACAUGACGUGGCAGCGCUGGGCGCGGGCGGGCAAGGUGGCGCGCCUGCGCGAGUUUGGGCUGUGGCGCAUGGACCCUCCCGCCUACUACGGCGCCGGGCCCCACAACACCAGCACGGCCUACCUGGCGGAAGGAGGGGACGACCGCCUGUGGCUGCUCACCUACCAGAACGAUGUGGAGGAGUUUGUGGAGCGCAUGGCGCGGCAGCGCUACGAGGGCGGCCGCAUGCCGCUGUUCUACAAGCACUGGCUGGGCAUGAGCUACCAGCUGGCGGCGUUCAGGGAAGCGCUGGUGGUGGCGCGGUUGCUGCGGUGCACGCUGGUGCCUCCCACGCUGUGGUGCUGGUGCGACUACGACGAGGUGCCAAACAGCGGCAUCCUGGAGACGUGCCUCAUCAACGCUGGCGACUACCGGUCGCCCUUCCAGUGCCCGCUUGACUUCCUGCUGCCCAUCGAGGUGCUGGACAACCUUAACAUCAGCUACCGUCCCCCUGGCUUCCUAGACCUGCCCCAGGUUCCAGCCUCCAUACGCAACAGUCGGGCGGUGCUGAACAUAGUUCCCAGCCAGCCGGGAGACCCCCUGCCCGAGGCUGUCAGCAUGGUGGGCCACGGCGUCACUCUGUGGACCUCCAUGCCUCAGUUUGCCCUAGACGAGCUUGCAAGCACCGUGAGCCAAGCAGCAGUUCUGGAGCUCAGGGGCCAGCUGCCUGGCUUGGUGCUGGACUUCCUUCAAGAUGGGGACGCCGCGGCCUUUGACAAGCUCUUUGAAAGUGUGCUGGCAGAGGCGUUUUGGUGCUGCUUCACGUGGGGGGAGCACGACGAGGAGUACCGCCAGUUGCAGUAUGCCGCACCGCCGCCAUACGCUGUGGACGGCGAGGAGUGGAAGCCCUGGGAGCCGCCCGUCCUGGAGGUGCCAGAGUGGUGCGACAAAGUCAGCACCGCCGACGGCAACAACGAGUUCACACGCCUGCCGCAGCACCCCUGCGCCUUCCUGCGGGACCCGGAGGCCGCCAGGAUUGCCGCCGGGGAUGCGCAGCCGGCGGCGUAA